UUUGCAGAUUGCCACUCAAACUAGAGAGAAAUGAGUCAGUUCGAUUUCAGACUUUGCUGAUGAAGUUAAUUUUUGCAUUUUUUGUAAUUAGUCAAAAAUUAGAAUUAACAAAUUGAUAAUGGGGAAUACUGAUUCCAUUCCUAUCGUGUCUCAAGUGAAAUCGGGAGUCCAACUUGUUUGUGGCGAUGCAAAAGGAGCCGCCGCGACGCAAGAACGUUUCUUUCACGAAUGUCCUAUAGUUUCUCAGGCAACGUCUGUGGGCUAUUUAAUAGCUGGUAACACCAAAGAUGCUAUAAAAACCCAGAAAAGGUGUGGCAAAGGAUUGCUAAGUGUUGCCGAUGGAAUUCCGGUAGUUGGACAUUUCAAAGGCGGUAUACAUUAUCUCGUGGGGGAUAAAGAAGGUGGACACCGAGCUAUGAAAAGUGCUACUAGAACAACCGGAGUAAUGGCUGGUGGUGUUGGAGGAUUCUUCUUAGGAGGACCUCCAGGGGCUAUUGCAGGGGGAAUUUAUGGCGGAGUGGUGACGGAUGCGGGAACGACUAUUGUGACUAAAGAGAAAUCUGGAUACAUUGCUGCUCUUGAGAAUGUAAUUGAAAAUCCAAAUCCGGGUGAUAUUUUCGAUUUGUGUUUGAUGCCGGUCGCAGAUGGCUUAGCAGGGCACAGUGCUGGUUCUUUAGCUAGUAAACUGACUACUCCUACUACUACUGUUGCUGGUACCCAAGCAGACCUUAUUAAAGCGGGAAAUCUUAAAUUGGAAGCAUAUAAACUCUACGAAAUAACCGAGGCUAAAGCAGGAUUAGUACCCGAAAUCCAAUACAUCGAUGGCAUGAGGCAAGUCUCCAAGCUUUACGGAAAAGCAAGUGCUCUAGAAGGAAACGUUGCUAUGUCUUUGAAAGCCUCUGCUAAACUAGCUGCAGAGGUUAAGUCAGCUACAACUUCAACCGCUGGAACAGCAGCUAGCCAAACCGCCGUUUCACAAAAAGAAGCUUUGAAAGAAAAAAAGCGACUGGAACGCAAACGGGAGGGAGAGCGACGAAAAGACCAACAAAGACAACGAGCUGUGCGUACUCCGGAACUUGAGGAAUCAUCAUCUGAUUCUGAAACGGAAUGCAUUUGCAUCGAUGUCUCAAUUCCUGUGGUGUUUUGCAAUAUGCAAAGCGUCAACCCAUUGAACAGAUCGGGAUGUAUGGAAAAUAAAUUUGACAGAUUGAGAGCUGUGAUUCAGAGAAAUAAUCCUGGUAUCGUUGCCUUGGUGGAAACUUGGCUGAAUGACAGACACACUAAUGAAUUUGUACUUCAACGGCUCGGUCUUCAAAAUUAUCACAUUUUUCGACAAGAUAGGAGCAAUGGUCACCAUGAAGACACUUGGCGAGGAGAAGCUCCGACGGGAUUUGAAGACAGAAGAGGAGGUGGAAUUCUGAUUGCUUGGAGAGAAACUGUACUAAGCAAUGGAAACUCGAUUCGAAUGUCCCAUGUCACAAGUGAAGCUUUUGCUGAUUCCGUCAUGAUUGCUGACAUAACCACCCAGAUGAACUGUCGAGCUUGCAAUAAUGAUGAAAUAACGAGAAAGUUUACUUUCUCAGUGGUGUACAGAAGGCCUGCGAGAGACACCGACGAUUCGAAUGUGGAAUUGACAAAUCACCUAGUUCAUAUCGGUUAUAUGGCAGUUGAUUCCACGUUGGGUCACAGUGGAUGGAGUAUGGUUGGAGAUUUCAACUGGAGAGAUGGCAUCGAGGAUCCACGUAUUUUGAAUAUUCUUGAAGGUACUGAGGGUGCAGAAGGAUUUCCCAGUCAAAGACAACCAACUCAUCGAGACGGUGGCUCUUUGGAUUUUGCGGUGGGAAGUCCUGGACAUAUUGGAGGAUUGGCGGUGAGCAACGAUCUCAUAAGUGACCAUCAUGCUCUUGUGUACACCCUAAUCUUGGGCACAGACUACAGUGCAAACAAAAGGUGUGACGAAUGUUAAGUAGACUGAUGUUUAAUUGGAACAUAAAGGUGGCGAGCCUUUAACAAAGUUACCCUGUAAAGUGAUGGGUAAAAAGGGAGGGUAAUUUUUCUUCAUAUUAUUCUGUUAAAAGUUAUAAUUUUCAUUCAAAAAUUGAUCAGAGUGUUCAAUUAUAGGUAAUGCAGAAACGAUCUUUUGUUAAAAUUGUUCAAACUUAACGAAUAUACACCAGUUAAGAC